AUGGUUAACUGUAACCCGGCGCAUACUCCGGCCGAAACGGGUCAUAAGCUUAACGCUGAUGGCCCACCCGUUCGUGACCCCACCCUGUACUGCAAGCUUGCCGGAGCUCUUCAAUAUCUCACUUUCACACGCCCGGAUAUAGCGUUCGCCAUUCAACAAAUCUGCCUCUAUAUGCAUGAUCCUCGAGAGCCACAUUUUCAUGCUCUCAAACUCAUACUUCGAUACAUUCGAAGCACUCUAAACCAUGGCCUUCAGAUUCAUGUAUCCCCCUCAUCUGAACUUACAGCUUACUCUGAUGCAGAUUGGGGGGGAUGUCCGGCAUCUCGACGAUCCAUGUUUGGAUACUGCGUUUUCUUAGGAGAUAAUCUUGUGUCUUGGUCAUCCAAACGUCAAGAUGUUAUCUCCCGUUCUAGUGCUGAAGCCGAAUAUGGUGGAGUUGCGAACACCGUCGAUGAAACAAGUUGA